CGCGGGUUAGCAAGCUGAUUCAACGACAACAGGCUAAGAAGAGAUCCUCCAGAGUCUAACGCCAUAAUGACCAAGAUUCUGAUGCUGUCUGUUUUUGUUGCAAUUUUCUUCCGUGCAUGUAUGUGUGACCCCGGUGGGCAAAACGAGUGCACUGUGGUACAACUUGAAGAGACAAUAGAAGCGACGACAUGCGGUGGAACCACAACCAUCAGAUACACCAACGGAACACUCAUUGAGACACAGUUUUUCACAAACAAGACGAUGACUGUGACCCAGGUAGGAGAAGACACCACCUCCUGCUACGUGCAACCCCUGACCCCGAUGCCGAAAGAGAUUGAUUAUGCUGAGAUAUCUUUGACUGAGUUUGCUGAGGAAGUUGAUGCUGAUGAAGCUGCCGCCAUCCAAGCUCUAGUUCCUGAGUGCCAGGGUCGGACCAUCUAUGCCUUGGAGGAGGCAACUGAAGACCCCAGCACAGGAAGAAGGAAGAGAGCUUGCACUCGGCGUCUCAAAUGUACCGUGACGUAUAGUCAGUCAAAUGGGUGGUACCUUAAAUGCACAUGGGUAACCUCGUGUGACAAGUAAUGUUGGUGAUGACAAAGUCACAUCACACACAUCGACAUCACGUCGAAGGUGGAAUAUCUUAAAUAUGAUGAGCAUGAUAUUAUGCUCUAGGUGUGGUCCAUUCAAUAACAAAAAUA